GGAGCAGCGAGUGGGCAUCGACCUGGUGCAUGAUGAAGUCGAGGAGGAGCUACUGAAGGAGUACGAGAUGAUCCAGGGGGUGAUAGCCCUGCUGACCCGCACCCUGGAGGAGACCACCGAGCAGAUCAGGGCCUCCCGAGAAACUGUAGGUGCCAUCUGGGCCUUCCAGAAGGAGAAACCUUUCCCUUCUCCCUUCAGGCUGAACCGCUCUGCAAAGUACUAUCUCGAAAAGGAUUUGAAAGACAAGUUUGUGGCCCUGACCAUUGAUGAUAUCUGCUUCUCACUCAACAACAACUCGCCAAACAUCAGAUAUUCUGAGAAUGUCGUGAGGGUUGAACCAAAGUGAGUGGGUCCCCGCCUGCUGGCCUGGCCACGCUGUGCUCCUCCCUGCUACCUCGUGCCCCCGUGCUGCGCAGGCAGGCAGGCAGGCCGAGCGCAUCAUCCCAGCAGCAGGCUAAUCACAGUGAACAACCCCCAUGAAACCACCAACCAGGUCAAGAAAUGAAACAUUACCGCCACCCGGAAACCCCCAUCCUGUCCCUUCUUGGCCAAUACCCCCCUC